AUGACGGAUUGGCUCACCAAAGAGCUUGAACGAAAACGAACCACUUUCGAAAGCGAUGAUUUCGUGCGGCCCUCGUUAACACGUAUCAAAGAAUGGAAUGACUUGCUAAAGGAAGAACACGCCUCAUUGAUCACCAGAUCCAGUGGACGUCGAAGUGUCUUGCGUCGCGCACGGGAUGUUAUGCGAAAGGUUUUGGACAAAGUUGGCCCUGAAGUACUCCUAUUGCUUGUCACAACAGUGCAAAUAGCAAAGAGGGCAACGCUAGAUCAUAAGACGCUCGUGCCUAAGCUGCAGACGUGGUGGGCUGCAGUCUUACAUCCUCCAGCGCUCACUGCAGUCGCCAAUAAUUGUUUCAAAGCGCGCGGUCAAACAACACUGACUCAGGAAAUUCCAACCAAAGUCAUUCCCACUAGACAACGAGCAGUACAUGAGUUUGAAUACGCUAUUGUCCUUGCGUCUCAGAGCAUCCCGGACUUAAACGAUCGGCAUGCAUGGCUGAUGAGUACUCUCGUUCACGUGCAAUCAUUGCAACAAUCUAGCUGCGCGGACGAGACAGCAGAUCGUCUCCACGUCGCUGAGAUAGCGGAUCUGGAUGAGAUAGAAAGUUAUCUCGGGCGCUACCUUUAUUUACGUGUUCAGGCUAGUCACACGAGACGCGCCGAGGAGUUGGAUGGUUUUAAGGGCACGAACGCCGUUCGUCUAUACCUUGCGCAUGAGCUUGGAGAAGAUUUCAGAUUAGAGGUUAAGAUAGAUACAUUGUACGCGAAGCCCAUCAGCGAAGAUACACGCUUAAUGGACGACUGGGAGGAGAUACUCGGAACCUUUCUUUAUGCAGGUAUGAAGGCUAGCAGAUCUAGGAAGAUUGAGGAAAAGCUAGGUUUGAAGCUUACUGGCGCUGCAAGGAUCUCACCUCCAGAAAACGGUGCCUACGAUAGCAGAUUGAACGUCAUGUUAGAUUUCGACACAGGCUACAAGGCGUGGCUAGGCUUAUUUCGUCGCUAA